AUGGGUCCCAAAAAACUGUCAGGUGCUCAGAAUCGAAAACGAAGGGCCCUUACGGAUUUGGAGGACCAGAAGAGUGCUGGAGUAAUAAAAAAAUAUUUUGGAACACCAACACCUAGUGGUUUACAAACCAGAGAAGAAAAAGAUGACGAAAGUUGCAGUAGCCAAAGUGAUGUGCAUCCUAAGCUCAGUGAGCCUUCAACAUCUAAAACAUCUUUGGAAGAAGAGGAUUCUUUUACACCUUCUGGUCCAGUGGCUUUUGAUGAAACAAUAAGCACAUGUGAAAACUCAAGCUUCACAGAUCCCGCUUUGAUUUCUAAGAAUCUUGAUAGUAUUUUAGAUGUUGGUCCUGUACAGGUACAAGAUAUUGAUUUUAAAAAAGAUGCUUAUAAUCAACACGUUUCUUCAGCUUUCUACAAGAGAAAAUUAGACAGUGGCGAAGAACAAACACGGCGAUGGUUGGUAUACUCCUCAUCUGCCAAUAAAGUAUUCUGUUUCUCUUGUAAAUUAUUUGAUAAGAAUCCCAAAACAUCGCUUACCCUUGGAGGAUCAGAUGACUCGACAAAUAUGUCAAAUAUUUUGAAAUCACAUGAAGCCUCCAGUGGUCAUUUUACAGCCCAGCAGAUGUGGACUGAAACACAACUGAGACGGAACUCAAAACACGCGAUUGAUCAAAACUAUCAAAAUCUCAUGAGCCGUGAAAGGCAACACUGGAGAUCUGUGAUGGAGAGGCUGUUAAAUAUUGUCCAGUUUUUAGCAGAGCGUAAUCUGGCCUUCAGAAGCUCUUCAGAGCGACUUUUUACAACCAAUAAUGGAAAUUUUUUAGGUCUCGUGGAACUAUUAGGAAAAUAUGACAGUGUGAUGGCAGAACACUUACGCAGGGUGGUAUCAAAAGAAACUGCAGACCACUACUGCGGAAAAAUAAUUCAAAAUGAAAUAAUAAAUCUUAUGGCUAAACAGGUAAUUGAGGACAUUUUACAACGCUGCAGAAAUGCAAAAUAUUUCUCAAUUAUCCUUGAUUGCACUCCAGAUAUUAGCCGUAAGGAGCUGAUGUAUUUUACAAUUUGAUUUUUGGAAGACAUUUCUGGAAAUUUUCAAUCAAAGGAAUAUUUCCUUGGUUUCAAAAAAGUAGAGGAUACAACUAGAAAAUGAUUAAGUGAUUUCCUCCAUGAAUUUCUUUCAGGAAAAAAUUUGGACAUUGAUAAUUGUCAUGGACAAGGUUAUGACAAUGGAGCCAAUAUGGCAGGAAAAAACAAUGGAGUUCAGUCCAAAAUUUUAAACAUAAACCCAAGAACAGUAUUUGUACCGUGUGGCUGUCAUUGUCUUAAUCUUGUCAUUGGAGAUGCAGUACGCUCCUGCAAGGAAUCAAUGAAACUAUUUGGUAUCACUCAGCGCCUUUAUGUUCUAUUCUCAGGAUCCGUAAAGAGAUGGAAAAGUUUGUCUGACCACGUUUCUGGCAGGGCCAGAAUGGCCCACCGGGAUACCGUGAAAUUUCCCGGUGGGCCGUCGGCACCUGGGGUCGGGCAGACACCUGGGUCUGCUAGCGGCCGCUGGUGGAGCUGUGCUGUCUCUGCUCCCCAGCACGCAGCUUAAUGAGACCGGGGCCGGAAUAUGACAUCAUAUUCCGGCCCCGGUCUCAUUCAGCAGCGUGUGAGGGCGGGAGAGCAGAGCCAGCGCAGCUCCCCCAGCGACCGCCAGCAGACCUCCCCCAGCGGCCGCCAGCAGACCUCCCCCAGCGGCCACAAGCACAGGUCCCCCAGCACCUACAGAGUGUGGAGGCCCUGAAUGUAGGUGCACUGACACAGGAAGCACCUCUAGUGACCGUCUGAGUGACUGUCACUAGCGGUGUCACUUUGAAGCAAUGUAAACACUGCCUUUUCUCUGAAAAGUCAGUGUUUAUGUUGAAAAGCCUGUAGGGACAUGCUAUAGACACCAGUACCACUACAUUAAGCUGUGUAUGUGCGUCUGCUAGUGAGUGAGCUUGCUUGCAUGUGUGUGCCUGCUAGUGAGUGAGCUUGUGCUUUUAUGUCAAUGAGCUGAUAUAUAUCAGUGAGAUUGUUUGUCUAUGAGGCUGUGUAUCAAUGAGCUUGUGUGUGUCAUUGAGAUGUCAGUGAGAUUGCCUGUGUCUGCAUGUGAGUAUGCUUAAUGUAUAAUUAAAUGUUUUACUCUGAAAGGACCAAUAUUUUAUAUUAGAAAAUGCAAUAUAUAUAUGUAUAUAUAUAUAUAUUACUCAAUCAUCUGUCAUGGCAAGACAUAGCCUUACAUAUUACACGUGACAAUAUAUGGCGCAGUGACUUAUGGGGCUGGCACAAAUUUUUUUCCAGGGUUGCUCUGUAUCCCCAGUCCGGCCCUGGUUUCUGGCCUCACUUUAAAACCUUUGUGCACCUCGCGGUGGGAAUGCCGUAUAAAUUGUCUAAAACCACUAAGACAUAAUCUCAGUGAAAUACAAAAAGCACUGAUUGUUUUGUCUGAUGAAACCCACACUGAACCGAACAUUUGUCAUAAGACUAACACACUAUCUCAGCAGAUUGUGGAGUUCAAAUUUAUUGUCACAAAUGUCACAAUUUUUUUAUAAAUUUCAGAGAGUCUGGAUUUAAAAAGCUCCUUCCAGCUUGCAAAGGAACUAGCUGAAAAAGUGAAUGUGGAGCCUGUUUUUAAAAAGCCUUCUCAUGUCCACAGAAAAAAAAAGCCUUGUUUGAUUACGAAAGCCAAGAUGAACCUUUAACCGAUCCCACGAAGAAAUUUAAGAUUGAUUUUUUUUAUGUUUUGGUUGAUACUGCUGCUAAAUCUUUGGAGGAGCGUUUUUCUCAAAUGGAACAACACAACAAAGUAUGGAGAUUUCUAUACAAUAUGAGACAUCUUCCAGCAAGAGAAAACUUAAGGGACUGUUGCUUGCAGUUACAGAAGGCAUUAGAGAAGAGCAGACAAUCGGCCAUUAAUGGUCUAGAUCUUUCAGAGGAGCUUUGGCAUAUUCAAAGCCUACCACCUCAAGAUGCCACAGCACCCCGCCAUAUACUCAAUUUUAUAGUGAGAAAUGGCCUGACUGACACAUUUCCAAACAUUUGGAUAGCGUUUCAGAUUCUAUUAACAAUUCCUGUUUCUGUGGCGUCAGGAGAACGCAGCUUUUCCAAGUUAAAGCUCAUUAAAACAUAUCUGAGACUAACCUCUUUAUCAGUAUUAUCAAUUGAAAGCGAUGUAUUGAAGACGUUGGACAUGAACAACAUGAUUGAUGAGUUUGCAAAGACAAAAGCACGUAAGGUUGUAUUUUCAGCUUCAGAUUAAUAUUACUUGUCAGGAGGUGUAUAUUUUGGUUCCCAGUGUUCCCAGUUAUUAUUGCAUUUGCACAUUAUAUUAUCUCUAAAAACCAAUGUUAAAAAGAUUGCAGUUAGCUGGUUUUUUUCUGCAUUUAAUGUAUUUAAUAUACAUUAUUGUUACCAGUCAAUCCAGUUAUUUAUUAUUGUACUUGUUUGCUCUUGCAUUUAAAUUAUCUGUAAUUAAAAAAACUGUUUGUUACAAAGAUUGUUUUCCUCUUUGUGUAUGUUUAGGUGACGGGAGGGGGGAAGAGGAGGGGGCACAAGAUUAG